AUGCCGGGGGUAGCUGGUGCCCUGACUGGGCGUUACUGGGCCAGCUGGAUGUUACAAGGCGCUCUGCCCAGCCAAACGCGGGUAUUGCUGAUGUCCUUGAGGAGGCGUUCAAGGAAUCCAGUGUACAAGCAGAAUGUAGUGGCUGUAAGACUAUUAUUCAUAAGCUUUGUAGAAGCAUCCUUGCAAGUUAAUGUAAGAAGUCUUCAUUCUGAGCUCUCCUCCUGGCAGGCUGCAGAAGAUGUCAAUGUUACUUUUGAAGAUCAACAGAAAAUUAACAAGUUCGCAAGAAAUACUAGCAGGAUCACAGAGUUAAAAGAAGAAAUAGAAGUGAAAAAGAAACAACUUCAGAAUUUGGAAGAUGCCUGUGAUGACAUCAUGAUGCUUGAUGAUGAUGAUUCCCUGCUGAUUCCCUACCAAAUUGGAGAUGUCUUCAUCAGUCAUUCCCAAGAAGAGACACAAGAGAUGCUGGAGGAGGCAAAGAAAAGUUUACAAGAAGAAAUUGAAGUGUUAGAAUCCCGAGUGGAAUCAAUUCAGAGGGUGUUAUCUGACCUGAAAGUUCAGCUCUAUGCAAAGUUUGGAAAUAACAUAAAUCUUGAGGCUGAGGACAGUUAAAGGUGUUCUAAAUAUAUUCUACAGCUUUUUCUUGUUUUAUUAAAUGUUUUGAUAACAUUGCUCCAAUUACAUUAAAAAAAACCCACACUUUUUUUUUUACUUUCCUGUCUUUGGUUCCAUCUAUUUAAUGAGAGCUUUCUUAUUUUGGUUAUUGCAGUUAUUUAUUUGUUCAGGAAAGCAUUAGCUUCAUACUGUUGGUAAAGCAUCAAGAUUGAAAUAUUUGUAUUGUUUAUUAAAAUAAUAAAGUCAGGCACAUAUUGUA